AUGCGAUUAGAAUAUACUGAUCAGAUAUUUAUUCCAUGUUUUGUUCAUCAAGCGAACCUUUGUGUCACUGAUAUUUUUAAAUCAUCACCUAAAUAUAAAGAUGCAUCAACAAAAGCUAUUAGUAUUGUUGCAUAUUUUACUGAUAAACAAAAAAAAUUAUAUAGACAAUACUAUUGUCUUGUAAGGCCAGUAAAUACAUGCUGGAAUAGUUACUACUUUUGCUUUUCUUCAUUAACUCAUAAUAAGAGAGCCCUAAAAGAUUUACUAGAAAAUAUUGCAAAAUUUUUAGAUGACAAUAAUUGGUGGCAAACAGUAGAAGAGCUUAAAUCACAUUUGCUUCCCUUUAUGGCAACAUUAAAUCAUCUUCAACGGGAUGCUGCAAGAUUACCAAAUCUUGAUAAAGUUUUUUCAAUGACACAAAUGCAUGCUAAAAUUAAUUAUAAAUACACAAUUGAAGCAGCAAAAUCUCUAGAGCAAAACAUAUCAGCAAACAUAAAUACUAUAUUUGGUUCUUAUAAUCGUGAAUACACACAAACAAAUUAUGAUAAACAAGAAAGUUCUAGUAUUUUAGAAUUAGAAACUAACACUAAUAACGAAAAUGCAAAAAUGAUUGAUAAUUCAGAAUCAACAGUUCUUAAAGAAUGGUUUGAGGGUCUUGUUUUCAAAGAAGAAAGUGUAGAAGAACUAGAAAGUUUGUUUAAAACAGAAGAAACAGAGGAAACAGCGAAUUUAUCUUCAAAUGAAUUAUUAGUAGGUUUGAAACAUCCUGCAGAAGACCCUACAGGAAAAUGGAAACUUGCCAAUUUAUUUGAUUUCAAGUUUUCAACACUCUCAUCUAUAAAAAAACUGAUGAUAAUUCAAGAUAAUUCAAGAUAA